GAGCUUAUAUACAUUUCUGAUGUUCAUUCCCCCAAGCCAGCACCGACGUUUCUCCUUCUCACCCCCUAAACGCCCACCAUUUCCUCCAUAUUUACAAUCCUAACCUCCUUCGGAGUACAAAAUCCUGAAGGCAGCCUCAAACGCUGCAGUUCUUGUAUCCACCUUCCGGUUCAACUCGGGCGAGUCAGAAUGCUGGACCGGUGCUUAUGGCCUCGCCGGGCCCGCCAGAUCCAGAGAGCUUUGCGGCAGGGAAUGGUGACGUUUCUGUGCUUGUUCUUAACCGUCGUUGUCCUGCGCGGCACAGUCGGAGCCGGGAAGUUCGGAACACCAGAGCAGGACUUCAACGACAUCCGCGAACGGUUUUACACGCACAACCGGCGCGUGGAGCCCCAUCGAGUGCUCAAGGAAGCCACCCCCGAAACCAACCAAAACGAUGCCGACCAGGCCGGCCAGUCCAACAACUACGCCGAGUUCGACAUAUCCAAAAUCCUCAAAGACGAACCCGAAACGGAAGACGAGAAGCGCGACCCGAACCAGCCCUACAGUCUCGGCCCCAAAAUAUCGAACUGGGACGAGCAGAGAUCUGAUUGGCUGAAGAAAAACCCGGGUUUCCCCAAUUUUGUCGGACCCAAUAAGCCCCGGGUCCUGUUGGUAACCGGGUCGUCGCCCAAACCGUGCGAAAAUCCGGUUGGUGACCACUACCUAUUGAAAUCGAUCAAGAACAAAAUCGACUACUGCCGCCUCCACGGGAUCGAGGUCUUUUACAAUUUUGCUCUUCUGGACGCGGAAAUGGCCGGGUUUUGGGCCAAGCUGCCGCUGAUCCGGAAGCUCCUCCUGUCCCACCCGGAGGUGGAGUUCCUCUGGUGGAUGGAUUCCGACGCCAUGUUCACCGACAUGGCGUUCGAGGUCCCCUGGGAGCGAUACAAGGAUCACAAUUUCGUUAUGCACGGAUGGAACGAGAUGGUGUAUGGUGAUAAGAAUUGGAUCGGGUUGAACACCGGGUCGUUCCUGCUCAGAAAUUGCCAGUGGUCGCUCGACAUGCUGGACGUCUGGGCGCCGAUGGGUCCCAAGGGGAAGAUCCGGGACGAGGCGGGUAAGGUCCUGACCCGGGAGCUCAAAGGUCGACCCGUUUUCGAAGCCGACGACCAGUCCGCCAUGGUUUAUAUAUUAGCGAAAGGGAGGGACACUUGGGGGGAGAAGGUGUACUUGGAAAACGGGUAUUAUCUCCACGGUUAUUGGGGGAUUCUGGUGGACAGAUACGAGGAGAUGAUCGAGAACCACCACCCGGGGCUGGGCGACCACCGGUGGCCGCUGGUGACGCAUUUCGUCGGGUGCAAGCCGUGCGGGAAGUUCGGGGAUUACCCGGUGGAGCGGUGCUUGAAGCAGAUGGACCGGGCGUACAAUUUUGGGGAUAAUCAGGUGUUGCAGAUGUACGGGUUCGAGCAUAAGUCGCUGGGAAGUAGGAGAGUGAAGAGGGUAAGGAAUGAGAGUAGCAAUCCGCUGGAGGUGAAGGACAAGCUUGGAUUGCUGCACCCUGCUUUCAAAGCUAUCAGGCAGUCAUCAUCUUCCUGAUUUUUUUUUUAUUUGUUGCUAAUAUUUAUUUUUUUAAUUUAUUAAGUUAAUAAUACUGUCAAUUUGUAAUUCACUUUUGAUGUUUUUUUGUUAAUGAUUUAUCUUUGAAGGAAUAUUAAACUUCAAAUGUAUUAUUGAUUCUUGGGUUUUGUUUGGAAAAAAAUGCAUAUCAUAUAUCGAGGUGGAAUGAUUUUCUACCCUCCUAUUCCUAUCCA